AUGAACGAUCGUCAUCGGACUAUCUGGUUCAAGUCUGUCGGCACACCGGGGGCAGGGAAAAGGGCCCUUCCCGAGGAGGCAGCAUUGAACCCCAUCAAAAGGCAGAAGUCGGACUCAGCUGCCUGUGAUGACGGUUGCCACGAACAGGACCCAUGGACCGUAUAUAAACAGAGAGCGGUGGUUUUUUGCGGCCGUUAUGUCGCGCUGGCCCAUCAUCGAGAGCACCAAUCAAAGAUCGUCCACAUUGAGAGCCUUUCUAUUGACAGGCCUGAUAGGCGAUAUCUCCUACAAACAGUUGAGCGACUGUCCCACGAGAGCUUUCUCAAAUUACUCGAGGCCUAUUACUACGAGAACCGACUGUUCUUGGUGUGGGAACCGGUCGAGCUGUCGGUGAGAGAAAUUUUAGACGCCCAGGUGCCCAUCAAUGAGCCACAGCUGGCGCAGAUUAUAUUACCGGCACUCCAGGGAAUCGUGUUCCUUCGCGAAAAAGGAAGAGCACUCGCCAAGCUGGACUCGAAAGCGAUCCUGCUAAACAAAGAUGGGAUUGUGCGGGUUACGGGUGCGGAACACAGCUGCCAGAUCCAGCCAUCGGAGAUGAACUGCGACACGUUGAAACUGACCGCACUGGCUGCUAUCAUGGCCGAUCUGAUGGGCCAGAAGGGGAGUGGGCCUAUCUGGAGCUCGCUAGCGAAAGACUUUCUUCGAGAUCUGACGACCAAGCGCCUGGACGAGUUGCUGGAGCACUCCUUCUUAAAGGAGGCGGGAGGAGCAGACGACUUAAUGCUGUGUGUCUCUAUAGCGAACAAGAUUGCCAGUCACAAGAUUAAAGAGGUGAACAAUGUCUAG